UUGGCGAAACUUGAGGUCGUUCAAGAAAGCCAAAAAGUUUCUUAGAGCCUGAGACAGAGGGGGAGCCUUUCCCUCUUUUAAGUGAAAUUUCUGUACCAACCCAUUUACACUGCCUUUGGAAAUGCUUGACAGGAGGUAGCCAUGAUAAAGAAGAGGGUCCUUCCCUGUUUCUCCCUCUACAAAUUCCAAGGACACCCAUGAAGAACCAAGAUUACCCACGGCGGUGAAAGGUGAGAACCAGCAAGGGAUGCGUGUUAUGGGGGAACCUUUUUCUUGCCUCAUACUGAUUCCAUCAGGACUGGUCAUCCAAGGUGCCAGUCUUAUUCCGGCUUCUGUCAAGAUCCCAUGGAGAGGCAGUCUCUUUUCGGGUGGCUAUUUCAGGCAGAGGGCCUCUCAGAGGCACAGAGUACGUACUCCCGGUGCGAUAUCUCCUCGAUUUUCCCUUGGUGUGUUUGGCGUCUCCUUGGACAGCGCUGUGGUUCGGGACACAGCUGCUACGAGCCUUGUGCUGGCAGGGGCUUACUCUCUGGUUCUAUGUUUCGAUUCUCUCACGGAGAAAGGGCUCAUUGAACAGAAGUUAAGCCGCAAAUUGGUUCACAUACUAUCAGGACUUAUUUUCAUGACCUCCUGGCCUUUAUUCAGCUCCUCUACAGAGGCUCGGUUCUUUGCUUCAGUUGUUCCUUUAGCCAAUAUGUUGAGGCUUCUUUUCUAUGGCCUUUCAUUAGCGAAAGAUGAAAGUCUGGUGAAAUCAGUAACGAGGGAAGGCAAACCAGAGGAAUUGCUUAGAGGCCCUUUGUAUUAUGUUCUGGUAUUGAUGUGCUCAGCCUUGUUUUUUUGGCGUAAAUCUCCUGUUGGUGUGAUAUCAUUGACCAUGAUGUGUGCUGGAGAUGGUGUUGCUGAUAUAAUGGGCAGAAGGUUUGGCACUCAAAAGCUUCCCUACAAUGAACAGAAGAGUUGGGUUGGCAGCAUUUCCAUGUUCAUGUUUGGUUCACUAUCUUCUCUAGGGAUGCUUUUCUACUUCCAUUCUCUUGGCUAUUUUCCUCUGAACUGGCAAAAUACAGCAAGUAACGUUGCCCUGGUCUCUUUGAUUGCAACAAUGGUCGAGUCCCUUCCCAUAGCAAAGGCGAUUGAUGAUAACAUCUCUGUGCCCUUGAUAAGCAUGCUUCUGGCCAUGCUUUUGUUUGAGCAUCAACCUCAUUGAGCUGUUACAGUUGACUUCAAUAGAAUUUUAUAAGUUGACAGAGAAACUUACUCGACCGGUUGAGCAUUCCUUAUUGAAAAAGAACCAGGAAUUUACCCUCUUAUACUCAAGUAAUAACACAGUAGCGCAGGGAGAAAAAUGUGCUUCAGACUAGGAAAUGGAGAAGCCUCUGGCUAUAUUGCACAUUAUUGCAUCGUUGGUCAUAUGCACGAUUUGUCAUUGUAUCUUUGGACUGUGGAGGGGCAGAUUCCUAUUGUGUAUUCUGUGAUCUUUCUAAGAACCACAUCAAGUAUGCUGGUUGUAAUUUUACCAUGGAAAUCUUUUGGCAGUUGAAAAUUAUGGGAAGAUGAGAAUUCA